CCGUACACUUGUGUCGGAAAAUCCAAUUGUUCUAUAGCUUCAAUUUAGAUAUGGGACGAUGACAAAAACAAAAAAGGAAAGGAGCUAGGGAAUCUUGUGAUAAAGUUACUAUGAAUAUAUAGAAUGCACUUGCUCCGCCACCUUUUCCGCUCCACCAUCUCUUCAUAUUUUUACUAUUCUAAGCCUUCCUUUUUUCAUUUCUCAUAUAUUCUUCUUCAGUUCGAAAACCCCAUAAAAACAUUACUAUAAAACAAAUAAAAUCUCUCUCAAAAAAAAUAAAUUGUUCUGAGAAUUGUAUUUCAUUAUAAUUUUCUCCAUUAAAGCUUAAAGGUAUCACCAGGUUUGAGACGACUCGUCGGAAAAUGGCGCGCCGUCUCUUCACCUGCUUCGGCAAAGGCGGUUCUUCUCAUUCUUCUUCGAAAAAUCACAGCUCUAAUAACGACAGUGCGACGGCGGAUUUAACGGCGGAGGAGCAAAAACGGUGUGGGCCGGUGGUGGUGGAGUUAUUCUCAUCGCAGGGCUGCGCCACCUCACCUGAGGCGGAGCUAUUGUUUUCGAGGAUUGGGAGAGGCGAUUUUAACCUAGAAAUGCCGGUGAUUUUGUUGGCUUAUCAUGUGGAUUAUUGGGAUUAUAUGGGCUGGAAGGAUCCAUUCGGGUCGAGUUUAUGGACCGUAAAACAAAAGGCUUAUGUUGAAGCCUUAAAUCUUGAUACAAUGUUUACUCCUCAGAUUGUGGUUCAGGGACGAGCUCAAUGUGUUGGGAAUGAACAAGAUGCUGUUUUCUCUUGCAUCAAUUCCGCUCCCAGAUUUGCUGCUCCUUCCUUCCAGGCGACAUUCGAGAGGCCAACACCAGAGUCAUUGCAAGUAUCUCUAUUAGGAUCUCUGAGGAGUAAGGUGGACAAUGGUGGUGCCAACGUGAUGAUUGCUCUGUAUGAAUGUGGUUUGGUGACUGAUAUCGCUACAGGAGAGAACAAAGGAAAAAUGCUUGCGAAUGACUAUGUUGUUAGGAAGCUGGAGAAGCUUUGCUCUGUAAAGGAUAUUACUGCAAAGAAAACAAUCUCUGGAACUGUCAACUUCUCUCUUUGGGAUGGCUUCAAUAGCAGCAAAUGUGGCGUAGCGCUGUUUGUGGAAACUGGCUCUCAUCAAAUUUGUGGAUCACAAAACUUUAAAUUUCCAGAAAAUCUCUGAAUUCUUUGAUGAUAUAUCACUGAUUGAAACUAUUGAUGUGCUGGUUAUAGGUUGGAUUGCUGCGUCUCUGGAAAAAAAUAAUCUGCAAAACAUUCUAUAUACCAGCUUGUUCCUUAUGUAUAUAGGUUGUGUGAGAUUGUUCAUGUUAGAUUCUUCAUCCUUUUUCCUUUCUUUUUUUAACGGUUUGACAUAGUGAUUCUUUUCCUUGUACUGUGUAAUUGGAUUGUUAGAAAAUGCGAUUAGAGAUAUUUUAGUGUAAA